AUGUUUGUGUGCUUAGCUGCACUUAGGGAUGGAUUCAUUUCUGGUUGCAGACCAGUAAUUGGGGUGGAUGGGUGCCAUCUAAAAGGGGCAUACCCUGGGCAGAUCUUGGUUGCAGUUGGAAAAGAUGGCAAUAAUUCCAUCUUCCCAAUUGCUUGGGCAACUGCAGAGAUUGAGAACAAGGACAGCUGGUGCUGGUUUCUGGAGAGCUUGCUCAAGGCACUUUGUGUGUAUGACCAAGGAGAUGGCUUGACUUUUAUGUCUGACAGACAGAAAGGUCUCAUAGAAGCAUUUGCAGAUGUGGCCCCCAAAGCUGAGCUCAGAUUUUGUGUGAGGCAUAUUUGGUCAAAUUUCAAACUGAAAUUUCAUGGUGCAACUUUCAAGGAAUUGUUCUGGACUGCUGCUAGGGCAAGCACUCUGUUUGAGUUUGAAGUUGCUAUGGAAAGUAUCAAUUUUUUGGAUGAAGAAGCAUACCAGUGGUUGUCAAACAUUGACCCCCAGCACUGGUCAAGGCAUGCUUUCUCUACAAACUGCAAGUCUAACAUGUUGUUAAACAACAUGUGUGAGACAUUUAAUGCAGUGAUUAGAGAUGCCAGAGACAAGCCUAUUCUAACUCAAAUGGAAUGGCUUAGAAGAUAUAUGAUGAAGAGGAGUAAUGACAAAUGGGAGGCAGCAAAGUCUUGGGAAGGUUUACUAACCCCAUUUGUCAACAAAGUCUUUGAUGGGUUGGAGAAGUAUGCCAUGACAUGUGAGGUUACAGCUUCAAGGGAUGAAAUUUAUGAGGUGAAAUACAAGGAUGAUCAGUGCAUUGUGGAUCUGCAAGAGAGAAAAUGCACUUGUUAUAGAUGGGAGUUGACAGGAAUACCUUGUGUCCAUGCAUUUGCUUGCAUAAUGGACAAAAGGGAUGAUCCUGAGUUGUAUGUGCACCCACAUUACUAUAGGGUGACAUACUUGGCUGCAUAUGAGAACCCAAUACAGCCAAUGCCUGGCCCUAAGAAUUGGGAAAAGGUCAAGCUCAGACAGCCUUUGCCACCUAUGCUGAAAGUGCAGCCAGGAAGACCUAAGGCAAAUAAGAGAAAGCUUGAACCAGGGGAGGGCACUUCUGCAGCACCUGAGGGCAAGAAGCCAAAGGUGAUGAAACAAUGCAAGAAUUGUGGUGGGUUUGGCCACUUUGCCAAAACAUGCAAGGCUGAAGCAGCACCAGAACAGCCUAACCCACCUGCAACAAAUCCAAAGGGUGGGAGGCCACAGAUGCAGACUCCUUGGCUUAAGGAACAGAGAAAGAAAAGUGAAGAGAAAGCAGCAAGACAGGCUGCACUGAAGUUGCCACAAUAUCAGCCUCCAACAACAGCACAGGCUGGGUCAAGUAAUGCUGCACCUGCAACUGCUGUGUCAAGCCAGCCUGCAACAAGAACAUAG